AAAUCUAGCGGGCCCUCCCUCCGCUCUCUCCGACCUCUUAUAGCUGCGAGAGGCGCCACCCGCAGCUCUGAGCUGAGCCGCAGCUGCGCGUGACCCUGGCCGCCUCGCCUCUCAAGCACUUCCCAGCAGUUAUGGAAAAGACUUCUACAGGUGCAUUUCCUUCUACUAUGAAUUCUUCAGAAAAGCAAGAUACUGUAUGUAUUUUUGGAACUGGAGAUUUUGGAAGAUCACUGGCACUCAGAAUGCUCCAGUGUGAUUAUUCUAUUGUUUUUGGAAGUAGAAACCCACAGAAGUCCAGUUUGCUGCCCAACGGUGCAGAGGUCCUGAGCUACUUAGAAGCAGCCCAGAAAUCAGACAUCAUAAUCUUAGCAGUCCACAGAGAGCAUUACGAUUUUCUCAAGGAACUAACUGAGGUACUCAAAGGAAAAAUAUUGGUUGACAUCAGCAACAACCUCAAAAUUGAUCAGUACCCAGAAUCCAAUGCAGAGUAUGUCGCUCAGUUGCUGCCUGGAGCCCACGUAGUAAAAGCAUUUAAUACCAUCUCAGCCUGGGCUCUCCAGUCUGGAGCACUGGAUGCAAAUCGGCAGGUGUUUGUCUGCGGAAAUGACAGCAAAGCCAAGCAAAGAGUGAUGGAUGUUGCUCGUACUCUUGGACUUACUCCACUGGAUCAAGGAUCUCUCAUGGCAGCCAAAGAAAUUGAAAACUACCCCCUGCAACUAUUUCCAAUGUGGAAGCUCCCCUUCUGUUUGUCUGCUAUUCUGUGUGUCUUCUUCUUUUUCUACUGCGUUAUAAGAGACAUACUCUACCCUUAUGCUAAUGGCAAGAAAGACAGCACAUUUCGCUUGGCUAUUUCCAUUCCAAAUCGUAUCUUUCCGAUAGCAGCACUUACAUUGCUUGCCUUGGUUUACCUCCCUGGUAUUAUUGCUGCCAUUCUGCAACUGUACCGAGGGACAAAAUACCACCGAUUCCCAGACUGGCUUGACCACUGGAUGCUUUGCAGAAAGCAGCUUGGCUUGGUGGCACUGGGAUUUGCCUUCCUUCAUGUCCUCUACACACUUGUGAUUCCUAUUCGUUAUUAUGUACGAUGGACACUGAAAAACAGAACUAUUACCCAGGCACUAGCCAAGACAGACGAUCCAUUUAGCACCACUACUGCCUGGCUUAAUGAUUCGUACAUAGCUUUGGGAAUCCUUGGAUUUUUCCUGUUUGUACUUUUGGGAAUCACUUCCUUGCCAUCAGUUAGCAACAUGGUCAACUGGAGAGAAUUCCGAUUUGUCCAGUCCAAACUGGGUUAUCUGACCCUGAUCUUGUGCACAGCCCACACCAUGGUGUACGGCGGGAAGAAAUUCCUCAGUCCUUCGAGUCUUAGAUGGUAUCUUCCUUCAGCCUACGUGAUAGCACUCAUCAUUCCCUGCACCGUGCUGGUGAUCAAGUUCAUCCUCAUCCUGCCGUGUAUAGACAAGACCCUCACACGAAUCCGCCAGGGCUGGGAGAGAACCUCAAAACCAACAUCAAAUGGACAAUAUUUAAAGCAAAGUUCAAUUUGCCUGGACUCUCAACUCUAGUAUUGUAUAUUUAAAGAAGACUAUGUAAUGGGCACAGUUAAGAAAGCAUUUUUCUCCCACCAUGGUUUGAAGUUUGUUAACAGAGAAGAACUGUUGCCUGACUUUGAGAAAUUGACAGACAGGGCUAGAACACCAUUUAAUCUCGAGGUUAGUGAUGAAUCUAUGUAGGUCCCUGCCUCUCUUCUUCCCAGAGGCAGUGGGCUGAGGUCACAGUGAGCUUUGUGGCUUCACACUAAAGUGUUUUGUUUUGUUUUUUUAACAUGCAUGACCUAAUGUCUUGCAAAAUCCAGGAGAAAUAUAUGCAACUUCCUUCUCUGGUUCAAGGGCUGAGUGCAAUGAAAUGGAAAACAGUAAGAUGGUGGCCACUGAUAAAGGCUUUCUGAGGUAUGUCUGGAAAAAAAAAAAAAGGUCAAAUGAAGUAAAAGGAAUGAGAAUUUUUCUUACUGUUCUUUCUAAGUGAAGGUGAUCCUAAGUAUUGCCAUAGCGAAUUCUAGAGUGAAAAGUGCUCUUCGAUUUUGCUUUUGCCAACCCGGAUGGGUGCUGUGGAGAACUAUUUCAUAACACAACAAAAAUAUCACCAUUGAUGGAAAGUAACCAUGGGCUGAAUACAUGCAAAUCUAUUACCGUUGUUAUAAGAUUCUUCCUCUACAAGGAAUAGGUGUAGGGAAGAUUGAGUUCAAAUGGAGAGAUAUCCACUUGUUGUUUUCAAUGUACAAUGAGCAAGGAAGGGUUGAUAAAAGCCCUUGCACAGAAAGUUGAAAUAAGCCAGAAUUUUAGACAGCAAGCUAAAUAAACUUUAUAAAGUUGCACUCUACUAGGUUUUGUAUGAUUUCAGUAUUGUGGUAUGCUUUUUGAAUAGCAUAUUCCAAAUAUAUUGUUCAGUACUAAUCAUCUAUGAAAUGGAUUUCUAGCAUUUAAAAAGUAGCUGCUGUAAUUUUUCAGGGCUUAUUAUAAUUUUAAGCAGUGAAAUUAAGUGAAUAAUGAAAAAGUAAGUUUGACCCAGGCAUAGAUGAGAGAAUUAUGUAAAGUCUUAGAGUAGAAAGGUGUGAACAGUAGCUGAAAUAUGAGACUUGGUUCUUUCUCCAAUCUUUGCUGGAAUGCAGGGUGGUUUUCUCUGUUUUUCCUGUGCUGACUGUGCCAUUUCCAAGAUGACCUUCAGCAGGAUUAGUCUUCCUGGCUCAUGCAUGGAGCUGGAAGAACCUCAAGCACCCUCUUCCCACAAACCGAAAUAACCAAAAGCCUUUGGGAUUGACAUUUUUCUGCCUACUCUAUAAAGGCCAUCUAUUUUUCUUUUUUUUUUUUUCAAUUUUUAUUAUCAUAUAUGCUACAUGAUGCAAAAUGAUUAAAAUAUAUGAAAACAUCACCCACCACCCAGGCUAUUUCUCUACAAAACUUUUUUUUUUUUAAAGAUUUUAUUUAUUUAUUUGACAGACAGAGAUUACAAGCAGGCAGAGAGACAGUCAGAGAGAGGAGAAAGCAGGCUCCCUGCUGAGCAGAGAGCCCGAUGUG